AUGGCUUUGGAUCAGCUCAGUGAAGUGGUCCAAAAAUGUCAAUCUCUGCCUGAAGACGGCUACAGCACAGAGGACUACGAUGUGUUCACGGUCGCGGGUCGAGCCUGUGUGGAGGAGGGCAACAGUCUGCAGCUGCUCAGCAUCGUGCUCGACGAGAAGAACCAGGACAUAGUGCAGUGUAUGGGCUGGAACCUGCUGCCGCCUCUGAUCCAGGUUCUACUGAAGAAGGACGACCAGAACCUGCCUCACUGUCUGGCCAUUUUCAAACACCUGAUAGAGGUGUGUCGCCCUAAGGAGCUGCUGAUUGGUUUGUUGGAGCAGUUGGAGCAGGACGAUCCAGAAAGCGUCGCUCAGAGUCUGCUCCUGCUGCUGGGACCUCUGCAGAAAGUGCUGCUGAGUCUGGGGGUCCGUAAGUCCUCGUCCCUGGGUCUGGCUCUGAGCUCAGUCUUGGACCAGGUCUGUAAACUCCCACUGCCCAUGACGCCGGAGCAGGAGCAGGACGACGUCUUCUCGCUCUGCCGCUGCUGCUCCGAGCUCCAGGCCUUCAUUCGGCCCUUUGUGGAGGAGGCCCGAGACCAGCACAGCGCAGAGGGGAGAGACCCGGGCACACUGGUGAUGGGAGACCUGGAGAGAGCGCUGCCACAGAAGGAGGACGAGCUGCGGACAGAACUGCUCAAGUUUUGUAUGCAGGUGCUGAGUCGGCUGCUGUUGGGAGUCCAGCUCAAAGACCAGGAAACGUUACCAGAGUCUCCUCUCAGGGACUUUGCCUCCAGUAUUCUGCUGAGCCUGGGGUCCAUAGGAGAGCCGCUCCCCGCCCUCGUCCACCAGCCGCUGCUCCGACACAGGAGGACCCCGGGGUUUCUGGAGGAGGAGGUGCGGUACCCCAAGGAGUCUCUGGCCUGCGUGGCUCACCUGCUGUUCGUCCACCUCCUGCAGCCGGACAUGUUCCCGGCCGUUUACAGUCCUGUGUACAGUCUGCGAGCCAAUAUGGUGCACGUCAGCCUCCUCCUGUCCAGAGCUGAGCAGAGCAGGAUACAGAAGGGUUUGGAGCUGUAUGAGAAGAGCCUGCUGCGAGUGGAGGACCUCAGCCUCGGCGUGGACCUGCUGGAGCUCAGGAGCUUCCUCUCCGUGCCCCAGAACUUAGUCAAAGUCAUGACCAUCUGCCCACAUCAGAAUCUGAGAACUAAAGGUCUGAAGGUUUUCCAGCUCAGUAUGGACAAGUUCAACACCGAGGCCAAAUACAAGUUCUUCCAGUUAAUGCUGAAGACCAGUCAUCACUCCGGGGUCCAAGGAUACAUCAUCAAGAACAUCAGGACCCAGGUCGACUCGGCGCUCAAGUCGGGGGACAGUGACCCCUGGUUCCUGGGUGUGUAUCUGCUGCCGCUGCUGCGCUGUGUCCUGAGGCUGCCUGAGGGACCAGAGACAGACCUGCUGCAGAACAUGGACCGAAUAAUGGAGUCUCUGAAUCUGCUGCGGUACCUGGUCAUCAGAGACAAAGUCACAGAGAAUCAGACGGGGAUCUGGGCAGAAAUGUACAAGAUCGAAGACAGGUUUCUGAAGCCGCUGAGGGUCGGCAUCAACAUGUCCCGGGCUCACUACGAACGAGAACUGCUCCUGACCCGCGAGGGCCGCAAGAGCAAAGCCAAAGAGCCAAGUGUUUCUGUGUCGGUUGGAGAUGAGAAACUUCCCCAAAUGACGACGGACACAGAAUUACAGGCGCUGCACUCGGCUCUUCACACGUUCGACAUGAUGGAGAGCGUCCUGGUUCGGGUCGAAGAACUCAUCGAAGUGAAGGAGGAAGAGUAA